AUGGGCAUCUGGUCGCGCACGUAUGUGUGCUGUGCGGUGCCACUAUACAAUGGCGGCAUCUACGCUAUCCUGGCUCAGUUCCUCGUGAUCUCGGUCGUUGCGGGAGUCCUGUGUUUCGCGGCGCCUUCCAUCGUUUCCGUCACCACGCCCUCCUUCCUUUCCUACAUUCUCGGCGUGCUAUGCUUCGCCGUCGCAGCCGGUCAACCUUUCGGCUUCUUCGGCGUCUACCGCGAGAAGCCACGCCUCUUCAAGGCUUUCCUUCGCAUCAACGGCCUGCUCGUUACGGCUAGCAUCCUCCUCUCGCUCGCCAUAAUCAUCAUCUCAGCAGUCCAGCACUCGAAGGGUGUCGACUCGUGCACCAUGCUGUUCGGCACCGACAAUGCCGACUCGACUGCCAAGAACAUCUGCAACAUCUGGACCUGGAUCCAGAUUGGCAUUAUGGGGCUGCUGUUUGCGAUCGUCGCGCUUUGCGAGUUCUACUUCGUCUUCUACACGAGCAUCUACGCCUCAGAACAGCGUCUUGACCACGCCCGCUACGACUCGGUCUACUCGACCGCGCAAGAAGAGAUCCGCCAGUCGGGCCUGUGGGACGGCGCCUCGAUGGGCCGCGCGUCCUACUCGCAAGACGAGCUCGCAGCGCCAGGCUACCCGCUCGGACACGGUCGGAACGCAAGCAAGUCGAGCGGGUUGAGGAACGAGGUCGCCAGGGGCGAUGAGGAGGAGUACAUUGCGGACGGCGGACGAGGUCAGGGCGGCAAACUGCGCAAGGGUGGCGGAGGAGGCGGCGGCAGGGCGCCGCUCAACGCGACGUCGGUCAUCGGGUACCAAGACGAGGAGUACGCGCCCUACGACUACGCGAACCCAACCGAGCAAGGCUUCAGGCCGCCGUACGAGUCGUCGCAGAUGCAUGGGCAGCAACAGCGGUGGUAG